AUGCUGAAAGCCUCCUCCCUCAACGUUACACUAACCUAUGAUCUCCCUCCUCCUCUCAGAGUCAUCAAUGAGAAGGUCGUCGGCAUCGAUUUGGGAACCACCAACUCCGCCGUGGCUGCCAUGGAAGGAGGCAAGUCCACCAUCAUCACUAACGCCGAGGGUCAGAGGACUACCCCUUCCGUCGUUGCCUACACCAAGUCCGGUGACAGGCUGGUUGGCCAGAUUGCGAAGCGGCAGGCGGUGGUAAACCCGGAGAACACCUUCUUCUCCGUUAAGAGGUUUAUCGGAAGGAAGAUGUCGGAGGUAGACGAAGAGUCCAAGCAGUUCUCCUGCAAAGUCAUUAGGGAUGAGAACGGCAAUGUCAAACUUGACUGCCCCGUCAUCGGCAAGCAGUUCGCCACCGAAGAGAUUUCCUCUCAGGUUUUGAGGAAGCUUGUGGAUGAUGCUUCAAAGUUUUUGAAUGACAAAGUAACAAAGGUUGUGGUCACUGUGCCUGCUUACUUCAACUAUUCUCAAAGGACUGCUACAAAGGAUGCUGGUCGGAUUGCUGGUUUGGAAGUUCUUUGUAGCAUAAAUGAACCAACUGCUGCCUCCCUUACCUAUGGAUUUGAAAAGAAGAAUAAUGAAACAAUCCUUGUGUUUGACCUUGGCGGUGGUACUUUUGAUGUCUCGGUGCUUGAGGUUAGUGAUGGAGUGUUUGAAGUGUUGUCUACUUCUGGAGAUACACACCUGGGUGGUGAUGACUUUGAUAAGAGAAUUGUCGAUUGGCUGACUGGAAACUUCAAGAGGGAUGAAGGUAUUGAUCUUUUGAAAAAUAAACAGGCUCUUCAGCACCUUACCGAGACAGCUGAAAAGGUAAAAAUGGAGCUCUCGUCAUUGACCCAAACAAACAUUAGGUAUUUUACUUCUUCUCGCAACAGUCUCUAGCCAAGCUAAUAGUUUUUUGAAUGUGCUUUCCUUGCUUUGUGAAAACUCCUGAGAUAUUGAUUUUUAUGUUUUCAGUUUGUCGUUCAUAACCGCGACAGCAGAUGGCCCCAAGCAUAUUGAGACAACCCUUACAAGGGCUAAAUUUGAAGAAUUAUGUUUAGAUCUUCU